AUGUCUGUCGCUUCUUUGAUGGCUACUGAUGAAAAAGCUGCCCUCCAGCUCUUAAGGGAGAAGGUAGCACCACUCAAACUCUCUAAGGGUGCUGAGGACAAGCUUGUUUCAAUGUUCAAGGCUGCAUUCUCAAAGGAUUCCGAAGCCGAAAUCAACUGGGACUUCGUUAAGCCACUCACACCAAACGAGCAGUUCCCAUACGAGAACCUUGCUGAACCAGCUAACCCAGCUGAGCUCCUCAAGCAACUUGUCGUCGUUAAAUUAAACGGUGGCCUCGGCACAACAAUGGGCUGCACAUUCCCGAAGUCUCUUAUCAAUGUCGCUGACAAUGAGACAUUCUUCGACAUCACAGCACAGCAAGUUGCCGAAUUCAACCAAAAGUACAACGUUGAUAUCCCACUUGUUCUCAUGCACUCCUUCUACACAGAUGACCUCAUGAAGCCACACCUCAACAAGGUCAAGGGAGUCCGCGUCCUCACAUUCAACCAGAACAAGUUCCCAAGAAUCGAUGCCGAGACUCUUGAACCAGUCCCAACAUCCCCAGACUCACCUCUUGCUGAAUGGAACCCACCAGGCCACGGCGAUGUCUACCACUGCCUCCGUGAUUCCGGAUUACUUGAUCAGCUCAUCGCUGAAGGCAAGAAGUUCAUGUUCAUCUCCAACAUCGAUAACCUUGGUGCCAGAAUUGACCUCAAGAUCCUCAACAAGGUUGCUACAGAGAACAGAUCUUAUGCUGCUGAAACAGUUCCAAAGACACCAGAUGACUGGAAGGGUGGCAUGCCAAUCCUUUACAAGGGCCGCGUAAAACUUCUUGAAACAGCCCAGGUUCCAAACGGCCACAUGGACGACUUCAAGAACAUCAAGAUCUUCGACAUCUUCAACUCCAACAACAUGUGGGUUAACCUUGUCACACUCAAGAAGGCUCUCGAUGAGGAUACACUCGUUCUCGAUGUCAUCAAGAACCGCAAGGUUUACAACGGCCGUAACGUUAUCCAACUCGAAGCUGCUGCUGGCUCUGCCAUCCAGUCAUUCCAUGACUCAAUCUCAAUCAAGAUCCCACGUUCAAGAUUCCUUCCAGUUAAGUCAUGCAACGAAUUACUCAUGGACCGCUCCGAUCUCUACGUCAGAAAUGGUGGUGAGUUCAUCCUCUCUCCAAAGAGAACACUCACAACACUCCCAUCAAUCAACCUUGGUCCAAAGUACCAGCACGUCUCAGAAUUCGAGAAGAGAUUCAAGGCUAUCCCAUCUCUCCUCAAUGUUGACGUUCUUGAAGUUACUGGUGAUGUUACUUUCGGCCCAGGCGUCGUUAUUGAGGGCAAGGUCCACAUCAAGGGAUCUGAUGACAAGCCUGUUACAAUUGAAAACAGACACCUCAAGGAUGAGACUGUUACAUUUUAA